CUCUCUGGUCCCUGUCUGGGGGCGGGGCUGCGGUUCCCGGCUUAGCUGGAUAGCGGGGUGGUUAGAGCAGCCUGGAGAUCGGAUCGGAGCGGUCCGGGUGUUGUCAUCCUCCGGCUACAUGAGGACGAUCGGCUGCAGGCAUGGCGUGUGUGUGACCCUAGGGAGGCCCGCAGGUUGAUUCCGUCGGACUCAGAAUGGGGAACCACGUUGUGAAAGCAUUGUGACAAGGACGUUCAACAAACCGUUUACACAAGAAUGACUAAAUCACGCCUGUUUUGCUUGGUGGUGGUACUGGGUUCUGUUUUUAUGAUCCUUUUCAUCAUCGUUUACUGGGACAAUGUUGGAACAGCCAAUUUUAAUCUUCACACUUCCUUCUCCAAAUCCUUCCCUGCACACUCAGGUGGGGAGCAUACAACAACCUCUCCAACCACAGAAAAUGAACAUGCCUCUGACAUUGACAGGUUUUUGGAUGGCUUUCUUAACUUUGCAACCACAAAGGAUGAUUUUCAAAGCGCAAAGGAUGAAAAAGAGACCUUGAAAGGGCCAAAUAGCUUGGAGGAAAAUGUUAGGGGCUAUGACUGGUCUUCUAAAACAAAACUUGAGGAGGCUGUGCAAGAUCAGGAACGGAUUCAGCAGGAGAGAAAAUUAAUUAUGCACAGUUCAUGUGGCAAUUCGAGCUUCAAUUACCCGACGAAGAAUCGGGAGUUUGAUGACAUUCCCAACAAGGAAUUGGAUCACCUAAUCGUGGAUGAUCGACAUGGUGUUAUUUAUUGCUACGUUCCAAAAGUAGCCUGUACCAACUGGAAGCGGGUAAUGAUUGUCUUGAGUGAGAGUCUCUUGGAUAGAAAGGGUGUUCCCUACCAAGACCCCCUAUUGAUUCCCCGGGAAGAUGUCCACAAUACCAGUAGUCAUCUAACUUUUAACAAGUUCUGGCGACGGUAUGGGAAGUUCUCUAGGCACAUGAUGAAGAUCAAAUUGAAAAAAUACACCAAAUUUAUCUUUGUACGAGAUCCUUUCGUUCGUCUUAUCUCUGCCUUUCGCAGUAAGUUUGAGCUUGAAAAUGAAGACUUCUACCGAAGUUUCGCUAUACCCAUCUUGACCCGUUUCUCCAACCGAUCCAGUGUUCCCACUAAUGCAGGAGAGGCCUUUUCCUUGGGAGCCAAACCAUCUUUCUCUCAGUUUAUUCAGUAUCUUUUAGAUCCCCGAACUGAAGAACAGCAGCCUUUCAACGAACACUGGCGCCAAAUUUACCGCCUUUGUCAUCCUUGCCAGAUUGAUUAUGAUUUCAUAGGCACGUUGGAGACUCUUGAUGACGAUGCAUCUCAACUUUUAAGGCAGUUAAACAUGGACUCCCUCUUCCAGUUUCCUCCCAGUUAUCGGAACAGAACUGCUAGUAGCUGGGAGGAGGACUGGUUCUCCAAAAUCCCUCUUGAAUGGAGACAAAAGCUCUACAAACUAUAUGAACCAGACUUUGUUCUUUUUGGAUACCCUAAACCAGAAAACCUUCUAAAUGUAUAAAACGGUCAAAGAGAAUAUUUUCAAUACCAAAAAUGAAUAAUGUUUGCCUGCCUUUUGUCAGGUUUUCCUGGAAUGGUUUUCUACGAGUUUCACUACUUUACGUAUCAUGCUCAACGAGGGACUUUACAACUCUCAUUUAUGGUUUAUUGCGAAAUUUUAAAAGGAGGAUUUUUUUUUUUUUAUUCUACAUUUUAAACAAAAAAAAAAUGGGGCAAUAAACUUUGCAGACCUACCUUCUCAGGCGGAGUUCUCGGAUGCUUUUUACUGUUAUUUUAUAAAUUAAUAUAUUUAAAAUAUUUAAAGCUGUGUGCAAUGAGUACCUGAUGGAGUAAAGUAGAAGAUGGCUGUUGAAUCAGA